UUCUAAAAGUGCUUUGGGUUUUCUUGUUGUAGCUCCGGUUUUAAUUUAGAUUUUGUGUAUUAACAUUUAUAAAUUUUUGUGAACUAAAUCCCGAAAAUAUUUUUGCAACAAAUAAACGGACGAUAUUUGUGUGCAUAUGUUACAUGUAAUGAAAACUUAAAUUUAUGUAAAUUCAAUCGAAUAAAUUCUGACACGCAGUACAAAUGCACCAACCUAUAAUCUAUACGUUGUAGAGUGGGCAUACAUGUAAGAAGGCAGAAAGUUACUGACGUGUCGCUGUGAUCGAUUUCAAAAAUAACUAAUAAAUAUGACUGUGCGCCGUCGACAGGAAACGAAUGGGAUGUCGGCUGAUGAAAGUGACAAGCAGAAAUUGCUGGUCGAAACACCACCGUCGGACUGUUCAUCGAAUGUAAAUGAUGAAUUUCAUGAGAAAACAGAUAUACGCGGCGAUCGCGGAAAUAUUGCCAUACUUUUCUUCCUCUACGUAAUGCAAGGUAUACCAUUGGGUCUGAUAGCGGCCGUUCCGAUGCUUUUGCAGAAUCGUGGAGCUAGUUAUAAACAGCAAGCCGAAUUUUCCUUCGCGUAUUGGCCUUUUAGUAUGAAACUUUUAUGGGCGCCAAUUGUUGAUUCCAUCUACUUUCGGCGAUUUGGAAGACGAAAAUCAUGGUUGGUUCCAUCGCAAUAUCUAAUUGGUAUCUUUAUGCUUUUCCUAUCAUGGCAAGUAGAACGAUGGUUAGGUGGUAAUGGGUCUGAUCCCAAUGUACCAUUCUUAACCAUGCUGUUUUUUUUACUUAACUUUUUGGCCGCUACCCAAGAUAUUGCUGUAGAUGGUUGGGCGCUUACUAUGUUGAAGCGAUGCAAUGUUGGUUAUGCGUCCACAUGCAACAGUGUGGGCCAAACCGCUGGCUACUUUCUAGGCUAUGUGGUCUUUAUAGCGCUGGAAUCAAAAGACUUUUGCAACAAUUAUCUACGCACAGAACCGUUGGAUACAGGACUUGUGACAUUGCCUGAAUUUUUAUGGUUCUGGGGAGUUUGUUUCAUGGUAGUGACGACUUUAGUGGCGAUCUUUAAAAAGGAGAACGAUGUACAGGAUGCACAUACGGCGGCACGUUACACCGAUGAACACGAGUUGAAUCUACGCGAGAGCUACAAAAUUCUCUUUGACAUGGUGCGCAUGCGCCCCAUACAAAUUUUAGCCGCUAUAUUGUUAACCGUCAAAGUUACUUUUGCCGCCUGUGAUGCAGUCACAUCAUUAAAAUUAAUCGAUGCUGGUGUGCCAAAAGAGAAGUUAGCGCUACUGGUUGUGCCCAUAAUCCCAUUGCAAAUAGUGUUGCCACUAAUCGUGAGCCGUUAUACCCACGGACCACGCCCAAUGGAGAUAUAUGUGAAAGCCAUACCAUAUCGAAUUGUCUUUAGUACGAUAGCGGCCAUCAUUACUUAUUGCACACCUUUUAUGAUAUCGAACGGCCAUGUACCCAUCUACUACUAUGUGCUCUUAAUUGUUAAUUACGCAUUGUACCAGGUGUUCCUCUACUGCAUGUUCGUCGCUGUAAUGGCAUUUUUCGCGAAAAUUUCCGAUCCUGCAGUAGGUGGUACAUACAUGACAUUCCUCAACACACUGUCGAAUCUGGGAGGAAACUGGCCAAACACUGUGGUUUUGUGGUUGGUGGAUGUACUAACAUGGCAAGAGUGUACCCAUGUAGACCCAAAAGUGGCCACACAAAAUAGUUGUCUGACAAAAACACAAAAAUCGGAAUGCGAGGCCGCCGGUGGUGAAUGUAAAAUUGUCUUCGAUGGCUACUACAUUGAAUCGAUUAUAUGUAUAGUAUAUGGCAUUGUGUGGUUGUUGUGUGUUCGGCGUUGGAUAAACUAUUUGCAAAACUUGCCCACGCGAAGUUGGUUGGUCGUUAAAAAGGGAAAGAGUGCUGGCAGUGCCAAAAAGUCAAGAUAGCAAUUCAUUGUAUGACAUGAGGAGGAUGAUGGUCACACCCACCUGUUGGAUGACUUUAAGGUUGACGCGGUGGAAGAGUUGGAGGUGUAUACUAAAUCUGUGCGGAAUAUACAUGCUUCGCCGAUUUAAAACACAAUUUGUUAUGCCCUUUAGUAUAGAAUUAACAUAAUACAAUAUUUGUUUGAAAAUUCCAAUAAUAUGCUUUUAUAUGUAUGUGAAAAUAUAGUGCAAUUGAAUUUUAGUUGUAAGGUAUGCAUUUGCUUAACCAGUGGUUCAAUACAAAAACAAUCGCCUUGCUGUCAAAAAGUUGUUGCAAUCUAUGGCAAAAACUGUGUGAGAGUAAUGAGAAUUGUGAAAAUUGAUGUUCGUCUUGUCCUAAUAUUAAUUAAAAUAUAAUACUGCAAAACUUGUAUUUAUAUAAAAAAAAGGAAAUUCCUACAGCUUAAGAUUUGAUGUAAAUUCCUACAUAAGUUAUUUGUAAAAAUUUUGGAGAAUUGAAAAAAAUAAGACUCAAAUAUGCAGCCCGAAUAA